AAUUGUCGAAACUGCAAUGGCCGUGGUGCAAUUACAUGCCAAUCAUGUCAAGGGAAGGGCACAAAAAAGUGUUCAGCUUGUAAUGGGAGUGGGUUCAAUUCAGAUGAAUUCAUUUCCUGCUCAUGGUGUUCGGGUUCAGGAAACAAGCGUUGCUCCAGUUGCCAUGGCAAUGGGCGGCACAUGUGUUACCGUUGCGAUUGCAAAGGAAUAUUGCUAUAUCAUACUGAACUUUCAAUCACGUGGAAGAACAAUAUUUUAGAACACAUAGCAGAUGAAAAAUCUGAACUUCCAGUUUACCAUCUGCAGGAAGUAACUGGAAGAAAAAUACUCAGUGAUGAGCAUAACUUGGUACGUCCCAUGAUUGAUUUCCUAGAAUCAUCCAUUAAAGACUAUUCAAGGACAAGCAUUGUUCAACACAAAAUGAUGUUUGCUUCAGAUGAGCAUCGGAUCUUGAAACAAAGACAAACGGUUGAGCUGGUUCCACUCACAAAAGUUAAAUAUGAAUGGAAGGACAAAUCAUACUCCUUCUGUGUCUUUGGCAAUGAGAAUAAAGUCUACUGUGAAGACUACCCUGCCAAAUGCUGCUGCUCUAUCUUGUGAAAAAGAACCAGUUUAGUGACAGUCCCCUAUUAAACUACAUAGCUGUUCUCUGCUUUUAAUCUCUACAGCAUCUUUCAAGAUUCUUUCUUGUGCAGUGACUAUUCAAAAAAGGACGUUACUAUUUGCUCCAUCCAGAGGAAUCUGUGCAUUGUUUUCUCUGUCCAAAAGAAUUUGUGGCUAAUUCAUUAACCUUAUUUAUGCAGAUGAAAAAUGAAGGAAGCUACUUGUUCUAAUGCACCUUGAAAUAGCAUAUCUGCGUAUUUUGCAACUCAAAUAUUUAGAUACUUUUCAGUCAUUUUCUACCCAGAGCAGCCUGGAGAAGUUGUAUGUUCCAAUGAUGCUGCUCAUCAGCAUUGUGUGCAGGAGGCAAGCUUUCCCAUAAAUAGCUGUAUAAGUAGGCUUCUACACCAGUCAGCAUUGUGGGGUCUGUGUAUCUAAGAAAUCAAUGUUCAUAGCAAUAGC